AUGCACCAGUAUAGAAUCGGUCAGUGUCGACGAAGAAAUGGAUCAUCUGUUGGCGCAUUGGGGAAAUGCGAGCUCGCGACGCACCUUCUCGUCGAAGGCAAGGGCAAUGUGUCGCAGCGAGUGGGAGAUUGCGGAUUGGCCAAGCCUCUCUUCCACGUCGUGAUCGGAUUGAGUUUGGACGUCGUGUUUGUGGCUGGUGUCAUCGAUAGUAACUUCGGUGGUGCCCGAGGAGGGGAUGGAUUCGUGCGUCGAGUUUUGCUCGAGAGGGUCAUGGCCGAGAAGCUCAUCGCGUAUCAUUGCCGCACGCUGGGUGAGCGAGCCGGAAUCAGUGGUGUCAGCACCGUCGCCAUCAGUUUCGUCCCGGACCACCUUGCUCUCGACGUGAUUCGUGCCUGUCUCCGUCUGGGCCGCGAUUGGCAGUGCUGUGUUCGGACCCUCGAGGGACAGAGUGAUAGUCGGUGA